CGUGUUGAUUGAAAACUUUUUGAAUUGGCCAGUCAGGAAUGGCGCGAGAAUGGCUUGCGUGAUUGAUCCUGGCGACUGCUGAUGGACGGAUGUUUUUGUAGACGAUGGUUGCCCGUCGUCCAGGUAUACAUAGACGUACGUACACUAGUCUGGCGACUGUUCAGCGCAUUGUAAAUAUAUAUAUAUACGUACCUGGAAACUGGGAAAGGCGUGGAGCUGAAAAGUUGAAAGACGAAGUCAAAGUGAUUGCACCAGACACAAUAAGUCAGUCCAGUCGCCGACGCCGACGCCGCCGCCGAGUUUGGCCGACGCAAUUUCGUCCCACGUUCCAAUGACUUAUUGUGUUUGUGCCGUGUCCAGGAGAGACGCUAGAGGGACGUGCAACGGGGGGGGGGGGGGUGCGAGGUAGAGAGGAGACCAUAAAUCAUGGGAUGCCGCCGACAGACGAUCGAUGCUCAAAAUACUAAAAACCAACCACCAAACGAGAAAUUCACGAAAAAAGAAAUUUUGUUUUUCUUGGUUCUGUUAUUUUUGACGGAAUUUUUUGGCGCCGUCCAAAGUUGGUCGCCACCCGUUGAAACGGUCAGAAAAAUGACGUUGAAAAGUUGUUGGGGUCCGUUCCAGCUCUGGCGCGUCGUCUCGCCGCUGCCAAAUCUCAUCAGCUCCACGAGGGGCUUCUUGACUCCCAUUUCGCUCCCGAAUUUAGCCGGCCAGGAGCCACACCCCUCUCUCUCUCUUUUUGAAUCUUUCGCCUCCGCCCGAUGGAAGAUUUUCUGGAUGGCGAAGAAAAAGAAAUGGGAGCAGCGUACAGCCAAGCCGGGCCAAUAUAUCUAGGUCAACAGUUGUCAAGUCAAUCUGACGUGUCUACGUGUGUGCGUGUGUCAAUCUAAAUACGUCAAGGAGUCGGCGCGUGAACGGGAGUGGGGGAGAAAGGAAGAAAGAAAAGAGGAUCGUGCGUUCGUUCCAAUUCUAAACGAACGUGAAGGAAGCGAAACGACGACAACGGGACAGGAUAAUAGAAACUCGUCGCACGGGCUACAGGAGCAGCAGCAGCAGCAGCCCGCCCUUAUAAUAUGCACUGCGUGACGCUGAUGCCAGCUGAUGCGCCCCGUCAAUGUGACACACACGACAAGGCAAUCCCGAAGAAUCUUCCAACCCCGACGACUCCAUCCCUUCUUCUUUUGCUGGCCUCGGUGACAUUCAUUGCCGGGCCGUGUGGGCGGAUGAUAACAAUGGUGAGUAUAUUAUAAUAAUCCCCUCUUUUUCUUUUAUUUCUUUUGUCGACAAAUACUUUUUCCUUUCUUUUUAUUGGUUCUUAUUCAUGUUGUUUCCAGGGUCCAACAGCUGCCGGGACCAAAAGGACCCAAUUGAUGAGACGUUUAUUUGAUGGGCCGUCGCCUUUUGGAAUCGACGUGUUCCCAGCUAUGCAAAUUGUGGCGCAAGUGUAGACGAGAGUCAACAACAAGAGAGGAGCACACGACUCGCGAGAUGUGGGGUCCGGCCCAAAUGCAGCAGUCGACAGGACAGUCGAGUCGACGGGAUUCCGCCUGACGUCAUCACUGGGCGUCAAUGUCAAUUUGUUGUUUGCGUGCCAACUGAAGCGGACUGCUCUGUGCACGGGACAGCAGCAACAGCAGAAGCAGAGUUGAGAGGAUGAGAGCUCACAGCUGUGAAAUAAAUGUAAACUGAUAGAAGAAGAUAAAAGGGACGAUAGAUCCUUGGUGGAACGGUUUAAAAUUAGCGCCAACCAACGACCCACGGGAUCCCGAGAAAAGCGCCCAUCCGGUUGCCCCAUCCAGCAUGAAUGGAGAUGAUUGAAAACGCACGUCGCUCACCCCACUCACCCACCCAUCCCAGUCGUCAUUGCAAUAACCAAAGUGCUCCAGCGCGGAUGAUGAAGGCAACAACUUAUAUAAUUCAUCCUCCUGGAACUGCCGUACUCUCCGCCCUCCUCCUUCUCUGUGCUGCUGGGCUGCCGGCCCUUUCAAUCGGAACGACGACGUCGCAUUUAUUUUUAUAUUCUCGUCUCGCAGAGUGCGGGAGGGCCGCAACCGCCGACGGCGCCCGCCGGGAAAUUGAAUCAUUUUUAAGUAAAUCACCGGGUUCCUAACUUUUUGUGCAUUCAGGUCAAUGUCGAUGGGGUUUUUGUUUCAAGGCGAAGAAUAGAACCAUCGCUGGACACACAAAUGGGCAAGAUGGCGGUAAAAUUUGAAAUUCGAACAAGUCGCCAAAUGAUGUCUGCAGGACGAUGGAUGAUGUGCCCAAGAGUUGCCAAACGAAUUAGUCGAAAAAUAAUGUCAUUUAUUUGAAACGGGGAGAGGCUGGCUGCCACUCCCCUUUGUUCCGAACGGCCAAGUGACGUCAUCGCCGAGAGAUGUUUCCUUUCGAAACCAAAUUGAAACUCGUCUCGGAAAUAAAAAUCAAAAAAGAAGAAAACCGAAUGAGUAAACGGGAGAAGAUGCGGCCAAAUUCCCUCCUACCCACCCCUCCAUUUCUUUUACAAGUUCCGCCCACCUCUGGCGCCCAGCAAAAACAAGAAAAAAGGAACCCGGCCCGGUCCGUCCCCUAGCGGGCAUAUCCUAUUGGCUGGUGUGUGACUCUCCACACGUAACAGAUAGGAACCAAGAGUUCCUUUUUGGCCGCUCUUAAAACGGGAGAAAAAAAACACAAAAUGAAAUCCCCUCACACCGGGCAGAAGAGAAAAAAGACAAAACAAAUCAAGAGCGACGGGCGAAAAACCCCACGAGUGUGGCAAGACAACAGCAGCUGAUCCUCAUUCAGUUGGUUCCAACCGCGGAGACUCGAAUGUGCAACUCGUUUUUCUCCGCUUCCACUGGGUUCAAACUUUUCCCAACUUGCACAGCUUGUCCAGUUGUUCUUCUAGUUGGUGUUUGAUCAUCUCUCUCUCUCUCGCAAAGUGUUUAUUUAUUAGGCCGUGCCAUCGCAAUUAGAAGACAGACACACACGAUUGAAUAAUGAAAAACAAUAAGAGUUGAAAGCUGCUGCUGGUUUUUAUCCAAUUUGAUUAAACUAAAAAAAAGGUACGAACAAACAAAUUGAUGCAGACACGAUCUGGGCGGCCGGCUACUUGUUUUGUUUUAGUUGUUGCUGGGAGAACUCGACUCGGAGCGGAUCACGCGAUUAAGACGCGCAGAGCCCAAUCUCAUCAGUCAACUUGCCGGGCCGGCGCAUUUAUCGGGUCCUGUUUCAACCUUUUUGUUUGAUUGCCCCCCCCCCCCCCCCUCCCCACUUUUUUUGUUUUGUCGCCCCAGUGGCGUGUGGCCCAGUUGAGCCCCCCCAAAUAGGCUUGCUCUUGCUCCAGGGGUCAUUGACGGAUUGAAAGGACGGGCGAUCCAUUUCGUUGCGUGCGGUCGCCAUCAAAAGUGUUUCCAUUUCGAUUGGACGGGCCAUUUGGGACAGCCGAAAGAAAAGAAAUGAUGAAGACAAUGGCCGGCCAAUGGAGCAGCAGCAGCAGCAGCAGCCAAAGGUGCUGGUGGAAAUGGCUCAUGUACCUCUCCAUUUUGUUGGCCAUCCUGGCCGAAUGCGAGGGCCAGCAACAACAAGAGCAAUUACAACGGCGACAGCAGAGACAACCACAACAACAACAAAGGCAACGUCCCACCCGGGAAGGGACUCGACGCCAGCGCAGACACCGAACGGACAAGGCCAAACUGAUCCAGCACUACCUGAAGAAGAACGGCCGACUGGAAGGCAUGGUCCGCAUCGUCGACGGCCUCCGUGAAAACGAAGGCAACGUGGAGAUUUACCAUUCGGGCAAGUGGGGCUCGAUCUGCGACGACGAAUGGGACAUUCGCGAUGCGACGGUGGUCUGCCGCGAGCUGGGCUACUCGGACGUGGUCCAGGAGACGCACAACUCCAUGUACGGGCCUGCCAGAUACCCAUUUUGGAUGGACAAUCUCUACUGCGUCGGCGGUGAAAAUAACUUGACGGAUUGCCGGUUCGACGGCUGGGGCAUCAGCGAUUGCGAAGAGUCGGAAGCCGCCGGAGUUAUCUGCAAACCGGGGCCUUUGUCCAGGCUGACGGCCCAAACAACGACGACCACCACUACAACAACAACAUCGACGACGAUGAGUCCCUUGACUACGACGACGACAAGGGCGAUAAGGACCACAUUGUCUGUUGGACAAACAGCCAAACCGGAAAAUAGUUCCGCAAUUCCGGCCGACGCGUCAUCAGCCGCCACCAAAAGAGUCCAGCAAGACAUGGCGCCCGCUAUGCGCAUCAAGGACAUAAUCGGGAGCAAAGGAAAGAUCCGGUUACGUGGCGGUCGAUCCAAGGAGGAGGGGCGUGUGGAAGUCAAGAUCGGCAACAACGCCAAUGAUUGGGGACUGAUUUGCGGAGACGGAUGGAGUCUGUUUGAGGCCGGCGUCGUGUGUCGCGAGCUGAAACUCGGCUACGCUCAGAACGCCCUGCAGACGGACUUUUUCGGCGGCAAUCGCAGCUCGCUGGCGUUGAGCGGAGUCAAAUGUCACGGGUCGGAGAAAUCGCUCAUGGAUUGUCUGCACGACCGGUUCGGGGCCGUCAGCUGCCCGGGCAACGCCAACAACAUCGCCACCGUCGUCUGCGCUUCAGAAAUGGCGGAUUUGGUCCCGGAUCACCAGGAAAUGAUGCGGACGGCCCAUCUGGAGGAUCGCCAGUUGUUCUUUUUGCAGUGCGCCAUGGAGGAGAAUUGCCUGGCCGCUUCGGCCUACCAAGUGCAAAAGGACGACCCGUACGGAUGGCACCUGGAAACGCGUCGUCUGCUCCGCUUCACGGCCAGGAUCGCCAACAUGGGCACGGCCGAUUUUAAGCCCUUUAUUCCCAAGCACAUGUGGGAAUGGCACGCCUGUCACAUGCACUACCACAGCAUGGAGGUGUUUGCCCAUUUCGACAUCAUCAAUUCGCUGGGCGUGAAAGUGGCCGAGGGCCACAAGGCCUCCUUCUGCCUGGAGGACAACCAGUGCACCCACAACACGGAGCCCGUCUACAAGUGCGCCAACUACGGCGACCAGGGCAUCUCCGUCAACUGCACCGACACUUAUCAUCACAACAUCGAUUGCCAGUGGAUCGAUAUCACCGACAUUGAUCCCGGCAUCUACACCUUCAAGGUGGUGAUCAAUCCUGAUUUCAAGGUGGCCGAAAUGUCGUUCGACAACAACGCGGUCGUCUGCACGCUCUACUACGGCCAGCAGUACGCCACCCUGUUCAAUUGUUCGCUCCAGCGCCCUUGAAUUUUGACGAGGAGGAGGACAAAUGUCGUCGUCGCCCCAACAAUUUUUGUUUCGUUUCUUUUCUUUCAAUUUGAUUUCGUGCAGAGAUGGCGUAUGUAAUAAUGUGCAAGUUUUGUGUCAUCUGAGCUGCUUUUCAUCUUGUAUCCCCCGUCGAUCGCUCGUCCGCCAUCCGCAACAACAACAACAACAACUAAACCCCCCCCCUUCGCCGAAAAAACGAUAAACUCGACGGCACGUGUCGUGUCAUUUCAACAAAACUCGGCUACAACUCUUUGCGUCCUUGGAAAGGAUCGUUGGGUGUCUGCGCAAAUGACCGGACAAUAAAACAAAAGCAAAUCAUAAAAAAAAGUUGUUGGAAAAAAGGAUCGGCGUGACAAAUCAAACGGGCGCCUGUUUCCUUUGAUGAUCGGCAUGCGCCGCCGCGUUGGGUGGCGCUGGACGACGCGCUUAUUUUUUUAAUUUUUAUUUCAUUUUAUUCUUGGAAAUGUGUCGAUUAUAUUUCUCAUCAUUGUUGGGCUGACAGUUGAUCGUCGAUGAAUUACCAUGUGACGUGUCUACUCUCUCUCUAUUUGUGUGUGUGUGUCUAUUAACGUUUCGCCGCAAUGUGUUCUCAGCCCCGCCCCCCUUAUUGUCUGUGUGUUGGUUGGUUGGUUGGUUGGUUGGUCGGUCUUGAUGAGUAUUUUAUCGACGUGAUUUCCCGAUUUUCUCUGUCACCGACGACCAUUUGAUUAUUGUGACCCGAUAUCGAUCGAGCGAGCGCCAUGCAAAUAUGCCAGAAAGAAGAAGAAGAACAUGAAAAAUGUUUUUCUUCUUUUUGUUUCUUUUUUGGUUUCCUUGUCUCAUCUCUCCACCCCACGGCCCCACCCAAUGAUAAACAUGCGCCAAUCGAUUUCUUUCCUUCACCUUUUUUUUAAGGAUAUUUAGGAGAAGACGAGCUCCUUGGUAGGAGGAGAAAAACAAAACAGUUGGAACGUGUCAAACUGGCGGACGUGUCUUUUUUCUUUUAUUAUUAUUUUUCAAAAAAUGACAAAAUCCCGACGUCCCCCAAGUUUCCUCCUUUUUCAAAAAGCCCCGCCUUUAACAUUUCUCAAGUGAAUUGGAUUUUGUCGAUUGUCUUCUCCUCCUGCCUUCCGAGAAAAAUCCCCUUCCAAUUAGAAAGCCAAUAACAAAAAAGAAAGAACGAAAAAUCUGUUAAACUUGAAAGUCAAACGAAUUUGUUGUCACACGCCGUUUGAAAAUCGAUCGAUCGAAGAGAUAGGGGGGGGGGGGUCUACUGUCUUUUUGUUUUGUUUCUCUAUUGCGUCUCUGUAUAACUCUUCGCCAAUCUAUUUGUUUUUUAUUUUCAAAUCAGCGUCUUUUUGUUGUAGAGAGGACAAACCAAAUACAAGACGGAUCGUGUUGUUCUCUA